AUGGCCUUCAAUCGCCCUGGCAUCGCCUCCAUGUCCCUAGGCCAGCCCUGGGUGCACGAUUUACCCGGCAAGCUGAUGCAAGCCGCAGCCCACGGCUUCGAAGGCAUCGAACUCUUCUUCGACGAUCUAGACUGUUACGCUCAGCGGGUAUUUGGUGGAAACCACUAUGAAGCCGCACGAUCAACACGACAAAUGUGCAAACGCUUGGGCAUGACCAUUAUCUGCCUUCAGCCAUUCUCAUUCUACGAGGGCCUCAUCGACCGCACAGAGUCUGACCGGCUCAUCAACGAAAAACUUCCCAAAUGGUUCACCCUAGCGCGGGCGCUGGGAACAGACAUGAUCCAAGUUCCAUCGAACUUCCUGGGUCCGGAUCCUAAGACUGGUGCUGCACGCACCACUGGCGACCGUGCUGUCAUCGUUCGUGAUCUCCAGCGCCUAGCAGAUCUGGGCGCCGGCGCUGGAUUUCGUUUUGUCUACGAGGCUCUCUGCUGGGGUGAUCAUAUUAAUACCUGGGAAGCCUCGUGGGAUGUAGUUCGCGAGGUGAAUCGUCCCAACUUCGGUCUCUGUCUUGACUCCUUCAACAUUGCUGGUCGUGUAUAUGCCGAUCCCGCUGCCCCUUCAGGUCGUACACCCAACGCCGCAGCAGAUCUGACUGCUUCAUUACAGCGCUUACGCACUGCAAACAUCGACCCAGCUAAGAUAUUUUAUGUUCAACUCGUGGACGGCGAGCGGCUUGCCGCCCCGUUGGACGAGAAACAUCCGUUCCACGUUGCUGGACAACCUGCUCGGAUGAAUUGGUCCCGAAACUCGCGUCUAUUCCCCUUCGAAGAGUCCCGUGGGGGCUAUCUACCCAUUGUCGAUAUCGCUCGCGUAUUCUUCGAAGAUAUCGGGUUCCGCGGCUGGGUUUCUCUCGAACUGUUCAGCCGAACACUUGGCGACACUGAUCCAUUUGUUCCUGCCGACCACGCUCGCCGCGGCAUGGACUCAUAUAACAAGAUGGCACGUGUUUUACACUGGGAUGUUCCUAUUGAAAGCACCUCGAUACCAAUCUUAGCGCCUGAGUCGCCUGUUCAACAUCGGUUGUAG